AUGGGUUUGGCGGGUAUCCAAGAAAAUGGGGUUGGGGAGAUGGGAUUGGGUGGUGUGCCUUUGGGAGCAAAGAACAAGUAUAGAAGAAUGGAUUCUGAGUUGACUGAUUAUGAUGGCGAUUUUGAGCAACAUAAUCCGUUGGAGAAGAAGAUAAACAGUACGAGGAAAUAUGUAAUUGCGUGUGCUGUUUUUGCCUCUCUCAAUAAUGUCCUCCUUGGCUAUGAUGUUGGUGUGAUGAGUGGAGCCAUCAUAUUUAUUAAAGAAGAUUUAAAGAUAAGUGAGUUUCAAGAAGAAGUUCUUGUUGGUAUUUUGAGUGUGAUUUCUCUAUUUGGUAGUUUAUUUGGUGGAAGAGCAUCAGAUGUUAUUGGUAGAAAAUGGACAAUGGGAUUAGCGGCCAUUGUCUUUCAAACAGGUGCAGCUGUGAUGACUCUUGCUCCUACAUUUCGAGUACUAAUGAUCGGGAGAAUCUUGGCUGGUGUUGGAAUUGGCCUCGGAGUCAUGAUUGCACCAGUAUACAUAGCUGAGAUAUCACCAACAGUUGCCAGAGGCACAUUGACAUCAUUUCCUGAAAUUUUCAUAAAUGCUGGGAUCCUACUUGGGUGGUUAGUGAUGAAGAACCGAAUAGAAGAAGCAAGGUCGGUACUGUUAAAAACAAAUGAUGAUGAGUCUGAAGUUGAGGAGAGACUUGCAGAUAUACAAUCAGCAGUUGGGGCGAGUAAUGGUGAUAAAGCUGUAUGGCGUGAACUGUUGAGUCCUUCUCCGGCGCUUCGAAGAAUGCUCAUUACUGGUUUCGGGAUACAGUGCUUUCAACAAAUUACGGGCAUUGAUGCAACUGUUUAUUACAGUCCUGAGAUAUUUAAUGCAGCUGGCCUUGAUAGUAAUUCAAAGGUUCUUGCUGCCACUGUUGCAGAGGGAGUCACCAAAACUGUGUUUGUACUAGUUGCUAUUAUACUUGUUGACAAAGCUGGAAGAAAGCCGUUGCUCUAUGUUAGCACCAUUGGCAUGACAAUCUGCUUGUUUGGUGUGGGCGUCACUCUAUCUCUACUAAAUGAAGGAUCUGUAGGAACUGCUUUAGCAAUAUUGUUAGUUUGUGGAAAUGUAGCAUUCUUUUCUGUGGGAAUUGGUCCUGUUUGCUGGGUUGUGACGUCUGAAAUCUUCCCUUUAAAGGUUCGUGCUCAGGCAUCCGCACUCGGGUCAGUGGGCAAUAGAGUAUGCAGUGGCUUAAUAGCCAUGUCUUUCCUCUCUGUUUCCCGUGCCAUCACAAUGGGUGGAACAUUUUUUAUCUUUUCAGUUAUUUCAGCACUUGCUGUCGUCUUUGUCCACAAACUUGUUCCAGAAACAAAAGGUAAAUCCCUAGAGCAGAUUGAAUUGCUAUUUCAAAAUGAAUAUGAGCUGCCAAGAGGUGAACUUCAGCUGGGAGAUGUUGAACAUUUGGUGCACAAGAAGUAA